GCUUUUAUGUACAUGUUAAUGAAUAUGUGUGUAUUUGGAAUAAGGUUAAUGCCACCACCUGGGCAUAUCUGUCAAUUUAUUCAUUAUUGCACCAUUCACAUAAGAAGCGUGUAGUCCAAACUGCAUUGCAAAAAUGUAUGUAGAUAAAGAUGUUGUAUAUCUGCCCAAGCCAGGACCAUUUGUAUGCGAAUGUAUGUAGAUAGAUAUAUUAAAUAAAUAUGCCUUACAAGUGUCGUAGGAGGAAUUAAUCUGGGGAUUAAAGUAGAUAGAGAGAGGAAAUUAAAAAUGCGUUCUUUGAAACUCUCCUAAACAAACUCUUCCUUAGUCAAUCAAGCUAUUCUGACAAAUAAAAUGCCAAUCUAGUUCAAACAUAUAAGAAUUCUCGUUUUCAACCACUACUCAAACUCUUCAACAAUGCAGGUGGAGCAGUCUUAGCCUUCUAAGAAAAAUUUGAAGAUGAAAAGUGAAAAAAUGAAGGAAAACAGUUCACCAUGAUUAGUGAUUUUGGGAGAGGAGUGAAUGCGUAGAAUUGCUUAUGUAGUUCACUUCUACUUGACUAGUUGAAAUAAUAGAGACUAGUUGACCCUAUUUGUCCAUUGACUGUCAACUUUUUGUUGUGCACGUCGUUGUUGAGUUAACUCGUGAGGGUCAAGUUGAGCCGAUAAUUUCUUUUGUUGGGUGCAAGGAUAACUCGACUAUGUCUUGUUAACUUGGAAAUCUACCCGAGUAUUCUCCACAGUGGGAUUUUUCCUUUUUCUCAUGAUUGAUAUUUUGGAGGCACGCUAUUGGGAGUUUUGUUGAAAGACUUGUAUAAGGGAGUAAUCAUGAACUGGAAUGGAAAACUCAAAGCUAAGCAGAUCUUUUACGGAAAAAGGCCUUUCUAGGUGGGGACAUACUUUGUUGGUCAGUACUACCAGCUACUACAGAACCAGCCAGAUUUUGUGCACCAAUUUUACAGUGAUGCCAGCUCCAUGCUUCGGAUUGAUAGCAACACCAGAGAGACAGCAACUUCUAUGCUGCAAAUCCAUCAACUUGUUAUGUCACUCAACUAUACGGGUAUAGAAAUUAAGACUGCACAUUCGUUAGAAUCUUGGAAUGGUGGUGUUCUAGUGAUGGUUUCAGGUUCUGUGCUCGUUAAGGAUUUCAAUGGGAGGAGGAAGUUUGUGCAAACAUUCUUUCUUGCGCCUCAGGAGAAAGGGUACUUUGUUCUCAAUGAUAUCUUUCACUAUGUUGAGGAAGAACAGAUUCGGCAGCAUCCGCUGGGCUAUCUACCUCAGAGCAAUCUUGAUCUCAAACUCAAUCCUUCAACUGCAGUUCGAGACCAAGUACCCAGUUACAUACUGGGUGGAGAUAUCCGACCUAGGGAGUUCAUGGCUCCAGCUAAGGUUGAAGAGAAUGGUCCCGUUAGUAGCUAUACCUAUCCAGACGACCAGCUUAAUCAAGUCCCUGAAACUGAAGAGAUCCUUGAAGAUAAUUUUGCUAUGCAGCCGAAUGGUGCACUUCAGGUUACUAUGAAUUCUGUACCUGAACGUUUGGCUUCCCCUAUCGAAGAACCUGUUGUGGAACCCCAAAAGCAUACUUACGCAUCUAUUUUACAGGUUGCUAAAGGGCAAUCUGCUCCAGCUGUGCCAUCUCAGUCUUCUUUUAACAAGCCUACUACUCCUUCGGAGUGGCAGCAUGUACCUGAACCCUCCACCCAGCCGUCAGCUGCAUCAUCAAACCCAGUUGAGAGGUCUCGGAUGGACUCAGUUGACGAAGCAUCAGCCAUGGAAGAUGAAGUUGAAGUAAAGUCGGUGUAUGUGAGAAAUGUGCCAACCACAAUGGCUGCUUCUGAAAUUGCGGAGGAAUUCAAGAAAUUUGGUAAACUCAAGCCUGAUGGUGUCGCCAUAAGAACCCGGAAGGAUAUUGAUGUGUGUUAUGCAUUUGUUGAGUUUGAAGAUAUAUAUGGGGUGCAGAAUGCAGUUAAGGCAUCUAUGGUUGAGAUUGGUGGGCACCAACUCCACAUUGAAGGACGGAGACCAAAUAGAAUCAACUUAACUCGGGGAGGAAGAGGAAGGGGUAGAGGCAGGUUUAGCUACCAGAUGGAAGGAAUAACGGGACGCUUUGGUGGUCGGGGUAUCGACAAGGGAAUGAAUCAAGAUGGAAAUGACCGCGAUUUCAACAGACCAAGAGGAAAUGGUUUCCACAGGAAGGCUCCUCGACAAGAUAGAUUUUUCUCUGGCUACCAACAAGAAUAAAGAAACAGGCAAAAUGCUCGGAGACAGUUUUCCAACAAGUAAUUUCCAAAGGUUACAUUCAUAUUCGUAAUUUUUCUGUAUCCAAUAUUAUGGAAGUAAAUCAAUCAGAUGUGCAGGGAAGAGUCAUUGUAAUAGUUUUGUUUGGGUUAUCUAUGAUUAAAUUUUGUUACAUUAAUACACUAAUUUCAUGCAAAUUUGUGCCAGAGCUGGACCUCUUUAGAGCCACAGCCUUGUUAAGAAA